CCUGGCUCUGCUCAGUCUGCACAGAGGGGCCGAGGCAGGCGGAGGGCUCAGGACAGGCUCUGCCACUCAGAGAUCACCAUGCACAGCUUCAUGAGUGGCGGCCUCUUCUGCGCCUGGGUUGGGACUAUCCUCCUGGUGGUGGCCACAGCGACAGACCACUGGAUGCAGUACCGGCUGUCGGGGUCCUUUGCACACCAGGGCUUAUGGCGGUAUUGCCUGGGCAGCAAGUGCUACCUGCAGACGGACAGCAUUGCAUACUGGAAUGCCACCCGGGCCUUCAUGAUCCUGUCUUCCCUGUGUGCCACCUCCGGCAUCAUCAUGGGCAUCCUGGCCUUCGCUCAGCAGCCCACCUUCACCCGCCUCUCCCGGCCCUUUUCUGCGGGCAUCAUGUUUUUCGCCUCCACUCUUUUCAUCCUGCUGGCCUUGGCCAUUUACACUGGGGUCACCGUCAGCUUCCUCGGCCGCCGUUUCGGGGACUGGCGCUUUUCCUGGUCUUACAUCCUGGGCUGGGUGGCCCUGCUCAUGACCUUCUUCGCAGGACUUUUCUACAUGUGUGCCUACCGGAUGCAUGAGUGCCGGCGCCUGUCCACUCCCCGCUGAGCGCAGAGGUAUCCACCAACUUCAUCAGGAAGUCAAGAUGAGGUCACUGAAGAGGAGGGGGAAUGUCUAGAGGUCUGAAAUCCUGGUUCCUGGGGGCAUGAGGGGCUCGGUCCUGGAUUCUGGGUGGGGACCCCUGACUCCUGAGUCCCACGGUGGAAGGAGACGGUGGAAUGGGGCCUGGUGGGAGGGAGCUGAGAAGAUCCAAGACUCUACUUGCCAGGGGGUUCAUUUGAGAAAUGGAAUACCCAUUAGUGCAAUUUUUUUGGAGUCUAAUAAAACUGAUGUG